GAGCGUCUAAGUAAAAUGGCGGACUUGGCAAACGAAGGUGAGUAAGUGGCAGUAUGAGAAAAACAAUACAGCUACUGGGCCCGCUAUCAACGAUGCCCGUACAUUGUUUACAUAUUUGAUAACUGAAAUGACGCCGCUCGGCUGCAUGUUAAUUGCGAGUUCUUGUGAGUUAUAGCUUUGGCGGCGUUUACAAGACUACAGCGUUUAGCAAGCAGGCUAACGGCGGGGCUAUGGGUAAUACCUGGAAUGCCUCGGAACGCCCUCGAACGAUGCCUGCGACUAGCUGGCUUACCUCCUAACGCUAGCACCCGGCUAUUUAUAGGCAGUAUGUUUUGCCAUUUGUGGUGAGCUAAAACAUCGAGUCCGGAAAUAAAUCAAUGCGUGAUGGGCCAAAGUUAUUAUGGUGAUAUUUCUACUGAUAGUUAAUAGCUCGGCGGUUUUCCUUGUUUAAUGCAGUUAGCGCUCAAUUGCAGGACUGCUUUGCGUUCAUUUGGGCGCGUAGAGAGAAACACGUUAGCUAAGAGACUUGCUUUGGCGUAAUAGCUGCUUCCUUUAUACUCUCUAAUAUAUCCCGGUCAUAUCUGCUCUUCAUUACGUUGAUGUGUUGACUAUGGGGGAAUUUAGUGAGCUUCUUGGUGACAUUGCUUGUCAGACGAGAUGACUCAUGCGGGAUGGAGCGCAUUAGCUAAUAACUGUAGCAGUAAGCUAAUAACUAGCCAGUGAGCUAUGCAACGCUCGGGGCUUUGGGGAACAACCGGUGGUGCCGGCUAUUUGCUGGGACGGGUCAGAUAGCGUAAAUGCUAGCUGGUUAAUACAAGCCGGCAGCUUCUCGGGCUGCUUGAAUACCUACCGUGAAUAUCAGUGUUGCAUCCCUGAAUUCUUACAUUCGUAAAGUAAGAUAACGUUGGCUGACUGCGAGCCGCAGUAAGAUACAAAGCUGGACGUUAAUAUAGGUCACACGCGAUUAAACGUGUUUCAUACAUGGACGGCUAGUAUUAGCCACGAUUGGGUGUGUUUGUGAUGGUGAAUGUCGGUCCAGUAGACAAUCCUUGGCUAUAUGGCUCUAUUACCGCAUGCAUUUAUACCCCAACAAGGCUCACGACGAUGCUCCACCUGCUCAGUGUUACAGGCCCGACCCAGACAGAUCAAAACCUUUGUCUGCUAACGUUAUAGGAUUAGACAUCUUUACAGAGGUUGCAGUGUGAAGGUAGACUUGUUUUAAGUGGCCUGAGGUGACAUCAGAUGAUUACGUUGCCAUUGCUAUUCUUGGUUAGUUAUGAUGGUGGCUUUAUAGCUGCAACAGAAUCGUUGGUGGUGAGCUGAAUGAAAUCCCCUUUUUGAUUUACAAAAGUAGCUACAGUUGCUGAUCGGCCUUGUGGAAUGACUGAUGACUUUGUGAUACAUUGGUAUUUAUGUUAAUGUUUCGUACAUUGGUUGAUAUCGUUUGGUAUUUGAUGAAUGUUUAGUUUAGGUCAACAUAAUGUGAUGUACUCUUACUGGUAGGCCUACUCCUAAAAGGAUUGCAUGACUAACUGUAGGUAUAAGUUAGUAUGAUUAAGAGUUACUUUCUUUUGACUGAAAUUCGACAUUGUUCAGCAUUAUAGAUUUCUGUUUUUCAAGUCACCAUAGUCACUUCCUCUUCUACACUUUUUUUGUGACCCAGCUAAAUCUGACAUUUAAAUAAACUGUGAACAGUUGUGUUUUACCACUCUCAGUAACAGGCAGACACUGUAAGUUUGUGAACCAAAACUUUUGUCUGUGAAUUAUAAGAUGUCUAAGUGCACCUCCCCAUAUUUUGGAUGGCUUUUAGUAUCAUAAGUUAAUUCAUUUAGUAUAUAUUACUGUGCAUUGAAUUUUGGUGUUUGACUUAGUGUGAGAUGAUUAUGCUGAUUAGUACCAAUGCACACAACCUUUGAAAAUCAAGGCCAGGGAACAACUAGGCAAUAGCAUUGGCUAUUUUGUUCUCUAUACCAUGAAGAAGAAUCAAACAGACAGGGUUGUUUAUGUUGGUGCUGGGAUGACUAGCCUACAUCUUCUCUUAACAGACAAGACUGCCAUAGCGCCACCUGUGUUUGUUUUCCAAAAAGAUAAAGCACAGAAGCGAUCUGCGGAGGGCUCGAGUGCAGAGGAUGGGGAAGACUCGGAUAAAGACGAGGGAAGCUAUUGCCCCCCUGUGAAAAGGGAAAGGACGUCAUCGUUCCCACCCCCACAUUCUGUUCCCAAGAACAAUGUAUUCAUGCCCUCAAGUUUCUGCCAGUCUCCAACUGGGAACUCUGACUCUGAGCCAGAGGAGAAGCCUGUGGGAUUCCGUUUAAAGCCACCAACUCUCAUACAUGGACAGGCACCAAGUUCAGGCGUCCCAAGUCAGAAACCCAAGGAGCAGCAACGCAGUGUCCUCCGCCCUGCAGUUCUUCAGGCACCGCCCUCUAAAUCACAUAUAGAGUCCAAUUCCAUUUGUGGAACUAACGGUGUGAAAAAGUCGUCAGAUGGGGACGCUGUGACACCGUCACUCUUCUUGAACAACACAGAGCACUCAGCCUCUCUGUCUAGGUCACAGAAACAUGAAAAUGAGGAAGAUGGUGCAAGUGGUAACAAAGACGAAAAAGAGAAGGAGACGGAUGUAGCAAUAUCUUUUGUGUUUGGUCAGAAUAUCAAAGACAGAGCAAAGUUGGAAGAGAACAGUAAAGAAGGCAAGUCAAAGGAUGGUGUGCCACUGGACUCAGAGGCCACUAAUUAUUUCUUACAGUACAUCUCUACCCCAAGUUCAAAAAAUGCCACAAACAGUACAGACAGUGGGGCAAAAUUUGUUUUUGGGCAGAACAUGUCUGAACGAGUUCUGAGUCCCCCAAAGGGCGAGACCUCAAAUGAGGAAAAUAAAGAAGUUUCAGCUGCCCCUGCUUCAGAGCCCUCAUCACAGGAAGCCACCCCAGAGAAGGUGAAUAGCGUGUCAGAGUCUUUGGAGGAGUCUGCAGCAGCUUACACCAAAGCCACAGCCAAGAAGUGCAUCUUAGAGAAAGUCGACGUCAAAACUGGAGAGGAAUCAGAAAGCAAUGUUUUACAGAUGCAGUGCAAGUUAUAUGUUUUCGAGAAGACUGCUCAGUCGUGGAUAGAAAGAGGUCGAGGUUUGCUGAGGCUCAACGACAUGGCAUCAACAGAGGACGGCACGCUACAGUCUCGUCUAGUGAUGAGGACCCAGGGCAGCCUCCGGUUGAUCCUCAACACUAAACUCUGGCCCCAGAUGCAGGUGGACAAAGCCAGCGAGAAGAGUGUACGAAUCACUGCCAUGGACACAGAGGACCAGGGGGUCAAGGUCUUCCUAAUAUCGGGUAGCUCUAAGGACGUAGGUCAGCUGGCUGCAGCGUUACAUCACCGUAUCUUAGCCCUGAAGAGCAGGGCGGAUCAGGAGCCCGAGACCCCAACAACAACAACCAUCCCUGAUGCCGAGGUACCACAGUCCAACGAGGAUGACAGCGACGAGGAAGACAACGCCUCCGCCUCAGCUUCAGCCUCCACUCCUGCUACGAGUAAUUCAGAGGGAGGAGAGAGCCAGGCAGCAGGAAGCACAUAGCGUCACUCUUGGACAGCCUGCUAACAUGCUGCCGUUGAGGCAUUUUGCUGUUGGCAUCUCCAUGGACACCCCUUGACCAACAUGGGUCCUCCAGACCAGUACUUUUGGAUAUUAGAAGUCUAGCUCCAGGAAAUAACCCCUUGUGCCGGAGUGUCUCACCCAACUCGUGCAGUUCAUCUUCUCUGCAUUCAACGUAAUAUCUGGAGUCGUUUCUUCCCUCCCUCUCCUGUUUUGUGUUUUAUUUUUGUUUUCGAGUAUUUUUUUUCCUCUCCCCGAUAGCAAAAAUAAAGACUUCAAAGCUUUGGUUUGGGACUUUUCUGCUCAUCAUAUUGAUGAGUGUAAGGGUGUUUUCCUCUACAUUUUAAGGUAUGGCACAUGUUAAGACUGCUGUUUCUACUUUGGGACCUUUUUACUCACUCUACAGCCGUACCUCUGGACGCCACACAUCCAGAGGAGCUUCAUUCACAGUGUAUUUGACUAGUCCUCAGUCAGUUGUUCCUACACAUUGAGUCCAACCAUCCUCCUGUCUCUCUACCCCC